ACUUUUUGGUGUUUUACUUUUGAAUAUUUGUCAAUCUGGAUUCUGAAACUAAGUUGCAAUCAUACAUCGAGAACCAACAAAGAUUAUCGAAUCUUGUAAACGUGUAUAAAAUCUUUGCAAAGCAUUUGAUAUUGUUUAUUAGCUAUUUGCAUUUUUGUGCAUUUGAAAGUUAUUAUUUGUUGCGAAUUGUACUGUCGAGUUUACUUAGUCAAUAUGAGUAAACAAGUAAAGGCCUGCUGUCUACCAAGAUGCACGAAUAAGCAAGCGAAAAGACAUUCCAUUCCUACAAACGCAGAUGUUUGCAGAAUUUGGUUGCAAAGAAUGAAUAACCCCAAGUUAAUAAUAGCAGAUACAGUAUUAACAUCACAUAGAAUAUGUGAUAUUCACUUUGAAUCAAUUUGUAGAAGCCCCAAUGGCAGGUUAAAAAAACUUUCACUGCCAACUCUACAUUUACCUAAAUGGGGUUUCAAAAGUAGCUUAUUGGGAACACAUUAAAAAUUAUAUAGUAUGGAUAAACAAAUGGGAUUUUUCAGUGGUUUCCCCAAAUUAACGGAUCAACAUAUUUUUAAAGACAAAAUUAAGAAGAUGAGGGUGAAAAAUUGUACGCAAGUAUUUAGUCAGACAGUAGCAAUGACAAUGAAAACUCGUGCAGAGAUCAGCAAUGAGUUGCAUCCAGAAUCUCGCUUUUACUUGAAUCCCAAAGCGACUAAAACUGCAGAUUUAUUAUUGUUUACGGACAUGUUGUUCGACAGCCUUAAUGAAAAUCUGUUAAAUCCUCCUUUAGGGAAAGAAUUGAGGGGAGUUAUCACUGUUACAUCCAAACAUCUAGAUAUUUGGCUCAAUGCACUGCCAGUUUUAAAUUCAUUUCAUUUUAUAGACCCAUCAAAAAGGAGUGGCAGAUGUAUAACACCAUCAAUUAAGAAACUACCAUUCACCAAAUAUAAUAUUGUCAAACGAAUUAAUUAAGGCAAAUUCAUUAAUAUAUUCUAGGGAACAUAAAAAAAAUGUUCUAUGUGCGCCUUCAGCAAAAUUCUGUGAUAUUUUUAAAAGUUUAUCUGAUAAAAUUUUCGAAAGAUUGCCCCAGUUAAUCAAUUUGUUAGGCAUAAAAAAACAAAUAUUUCCUUUCGAGGAUUUGACAGACAUUUCCUCAAUAUUUUGUUCAGAUCAUAAGGAUUAUGUAAAUAUGUUUGUAAAUAUUAGUUUUAACAUAUGCAUAUUUCAUUACAUAAGUAUUAUUAAUAAAAUUUUGAAGGGCAAAUAUCAACAAUAUAAAGACUGAUGUUGUGAUGAAUAUGGCAUAUGUUAAAUAUAGGGAAAGCUGCAAGAAAGACAACGGUAAUAAUGAAUUAACCAUGGUUAUAAAAUCAUUUUUUUAUAUACCAUUGUAUGUACCAUGGACAAACAGAAACAUUUUUUAAACACGCCAACAUCUCACUGUUGACAGUCCUAAGCCUUCUAAACUGUGAAGGAAAAUUUUUUGUUUGUGGAUAUAGUUAUAAAAUGUCAAAAACAAAAUAAAAAUUAUAAUAAUCA